CCCUGAAAGCGUUAAAGCUGCGCCCCUCCCCUCGCAGUAAAACCUCCUCCAGGGACCUUCCCAGCAGCCUUUGCUGGCUCUCCCCACAACCAAACAAAGAGCGCAGGAGCUUUCAAACUGCUGCAGCCCCACGCCGAGUUGGAUACCAGAGAAGGGGCAGUGGGGGCCUCGCUAGCGGAGCCCAGCCGGGCUGGCCGCGGCUCCGGGGGGGCCGGCUCGUUCCUACUCGCCGUGCGUAGAGACGGGGCGCCGGACGCAUGAACACAAGUCCAGGCAUGUCUGUGGGGCAUUGCUGACUCUCUCCCAGCAAGGCUGAGCAAUUCCCCUGGUGGGGCCUCCUGCAGGUGAAGAACUGAACAGCUUGAUAACCUAAAGGGAAGGCUCUGAAGCAGCACACAGUGAUGAUUUGCUCACUGAAGGUGUCUUGUGGCUUUAAGGAAAAGGGUUACAGAGCUCCAGUGUGACCCUGCCUCUCUGCUGUGACCUGCCUGAAUGACCCUGCUGUACUUUCCAUACGGAAGCCUGUCAGCUGGCAGUGGUAGUACUGAGAUUUACUGGAGUCUGAUGAGAGGAAAGCCAGGCAACUGGAUGCUAGGGGUUCUGCUGACUGUACUUGUCUGAGCCAGGGCAGUUCCAUACCAAUGAUUAAUGCUGAAGACAGCUAGCUGAGCCCAGGGGAGUUGAUCCACAGUUUGGUACGUGAGACAUAUGCCAGCCCUCCAGCUGGAACACUAGCAAGUUGGAUUUAGCCUGCCACUUCCCUGCUCGGCAUGACUGGCCCAGAAUGUAUGGGCUGCCACUCUCAUUCCAACGGGCUGGAAGUUGAAUCUCUUUCCACUUUGACAAGGGAGACACUCCACUGCAGUGCCACUUCCUUCCUGUUCCUCUCCCGCAAGGAUUUGCAAGCCUGAAACGAGUAGAUCAUUCUAUGUCUCUGAUGACCAGGACAGCAUCCCACAGCUGCUAUCGGUCUGGAGCUGUGGUGACUCCAGAAAGGGCCAUGGCUACUGUAGGCAGCCCUGGGACACAAAACUAGCAGAGGCUUAACCUUUUCACUUGCACGGCAUGCCCUCUUGUGUCACGGAUACUAGCUCUGUUACUACCCACCAAGUACCUUGUCUCCUUAACUGGCUUCUGGGACGGGAGUAAUGUCACUCGGGUCCUCGUGGGAGGAACAUGGCCCAGCUGGCUGUGCUAGCAGGAGUCCCAACUAAGGAUGUAGCUACAGAACACUAGCACAAAAAAGCAGAUUGGGAGGGGCUUUGAUCCAUGCCCCUUAUCCUGCCGAUCGAGCGAUGGGCCGCUUGGACGACCAUGCCAAGAAGCGGAUAGUGGAGCUGCGCAAAGCUGGGCUGAGCUUCCGCAAAAUCAAGAAGGUCCUAGAGCUGGACAACAUCCGGGUGACCCCGCAGGCUGUUUACCUGUUCCUCAAGCGUAAGAAUGUGGAGCCGGCACAGCCUCCAGGAGCCUCCCAUCUCCAACCAGCCGGAGGCCGGGGGAGUAGGAGAACGGCCAUCAACCGGGCUGGCUGGGAGGACGAGCAGCUCUGGAACUUGCUGCAGGAAAAUGAGACUGAACAGAACAAGCAGGCAGAGCCCAGGGGCAGCAGGCAGCCAGGUCCCAGGCCCCCAGCACUCCCCGGAAGAGCCACCAUGAGCUGCAAGGAGCCACACCUCAAUGACAACCAAGACUGCAAGGACAGCAUCAAAAUAAUCAGUGUCACGUCGCUGUGCAAGGAUAGUGAGCAGUUUGGGAAGGUGCCUGCAGUGCCCAUGGGCCCAUCUCCAGUGGCACAGCUAUCCCCUAUUAACAGUGAUGACUGCUCUGGGAUUCGGACCUCAGCUGUGGGUAGUCACCCGGCUCCACUCCCACCAGCCAUGGUGCAGCAGCAGCUGAACAGCAGGGGCAGGAUGUUCUUGCCACCUGCCAGGAAUCCAGCCUUAAUUGUGAAGAAGAAGAUUGUGGACAGGGCUAUCCACCUCCAGAAAAAGGCAACCAUUCACAACGGGCACAGUCCAUCUGACUCAACGACUGUCCUGCCCUUCUUGGUGGGAGUGCAGCCGGCCAGCCAGCCUCCCAGGGCGAACCCAUCUGUCAUGGCAGCCUCUAUGAGCCACAGCGCACAUGUCAAAGAUGCCAGCACUCAAACGGCCCUGCUUAACCCUACCUGUCCUUCAGGCAAUCAGAACCCUGUGUGGGGUGGGCAGACGCUGGCCCCCUCACCCAGCCCCCAUGCCAUUGCCGAGAAGCUGGAUGCUGUACGCACACAGGUACAGAAACUGACGCAUGCAAUGCACGCGGUGCUAGAGAGGCAGUGCCGCAUGGAGCGCCAGCAGGAGCAGCAGCAGCGUUUCCAGCAAGAGGUGCUGAUGACGCUUCAGCAGCUCAGCUCCACUGUGAGCCAUGGGACAGUGCCAGGAAACGAGCCCUGUGUCCCCUUCAACAGCAUGGCUGGUCCCUUGCCCACUGUGCCAAACUUCAGCCAAUUCAAGAUGGAGCUUUUCUGAUGAAAGGUGAUGUCAACAUACAUGGGCCUGGGCAUAAGAGUGGCAUGGAGCUAGCUCUGGACAAAGCUGCUGACAUGGGCCACCCUAGCAGAAGUAUAAAGGGAUCCCAAGCAGGCAGCUGCAGCUGGGUGAAGAGAAGCAGGCAUUAGCACUUCAUAAACUGCAGCUCUAGGAGCCUGGCUAAGGACCUGCUACUGCAAGAACAGAAGACUGGGAGGAGGAAGGCCACCAAUAACAUCGAGACUCAAUCUGCUUUGGCCUAGUUAAUCCAGACCUGCUUCCCCCAGGAAGAGGCAUGUACCAAUGGGAAGCUGAAAUAACACAUGCUAAAGGAAAGCCUUAAUUCUAGUCACUGUAUACAGCAAAUGAAAUACUGGUUUAGCCCCCAAGGCUCAAAGGAUAUGGGACUCCAGUAGCUUAGAGAGGCUGGCUACGUUAGAAGGAAACCAUGGUGGCAGGCAUCACUCUCUCCUUGUCAGAGCAAGCAUUUAAUGUUUACACGGGGAAGGGAGUGUGAGCAUUAGAAUGUCCAGGAGCUUCGGUUUUGGACACUUUGUGCCCUUUCUUUCAGAGUGGUAUGUGGAGAGUAACAUAAUCUCAGUAAAGUCUAUACACGCACUGCUCUAGAAA